GGGGGGGGACCGGCUGUGCGGGCGGACCGGCCGCCAUGGCGUCGCCCUCGGUGGCGGCCGGCAGCGGCGGUGAGGGGAGCUCGGGCUCGGGCUCGGGGGGCGCGGAGCCGCCCGGCCGCCACCUGCCCGCCCUCUUCGAGCAGGCGGCCGAGCGGCUGCCCGGCCUGCUGGGCGCCGCCAGCAAGGAGCAGCUGCUGUACCUGUACGCCCGCUACAAGCAGGUGAAAUUCGGAGCCUGUAACACUCCGAAGCCAAGCUUCUUCGAUUUUGAGGGGAAGCAGAAAUGGGAAGCCUGGAAAGCCCUGGGGGACACCAGUCCUCAUCAAGCUAUGCAGGAAUAUGUGGCUACAGUGAAAAAACUGGACCCCAGUUGGAACCCGCAGACAACAGAGAAGAGGGGAAAAGAAAGCAAAACUGCAUUUGGAGGCCCAGUUGUCAGCUCGUUAUAUCAAGAAGAAACAAUCAGGGAAGAGGACAAGAACAUUUUUGACUACUGCAGAGAAAACAACAUUGACUAUGUAACCAAAGCCAUUCGAUCAAAAAAAGUGGACGUAAACGUUGCAGAUGAGGAGGGCAGGGCUCUGCUCCACUGGGCGUGCGACAGAGGACACAAGGAGCUCGUUUCAGUACUGUUACAGCACGCUGCCGACGUUAACAGCCAGGAUGGUGAAGGCCAGACUGCACUCCAUUAUGCCGCCGCCUGCGAGUUUUUGGACAUCGUGGAGCUGCUGCUGAAGUCGGGAGCCGACCCCAUGCUGCGGGACCAGGAGGGCUGCCUGCCGGAGGAGGUGACGGACUGUAAGGCCAUCACCUCGGCCCUGCAGCAGCAUGCCGCCGGCGGGACCUAACGCGGGAGGACGGACAUUGAGGCCUGCAGCGAGGCCCCUGCCCUGAGACGGGCCAGGGAGGUUUUAAAGCACAGGGUCUGGGCUUUCGGGUGCGAAGGCUGGCCUCCCGCAGGCAGGACAGGAUCAGGGUUGUGCAUGCUCUGGCAUUUAUCAGUGUUCUGGGGGAGGGAGGGGAGAGAGGCCUGGAGAAGGCCCCGAUGUUGUUUUACUGUGUUCAAGGCCGCUCCUGCGCUGGCCAGGCGGCACCUGGCACAGCCCGGCUGCUCGGCUCUUCCCUUUGGGGCGAGGCCCGGUUUAUUUUUAUUUUUUUUUUCUUCUGGGUCCAAGCAAAGUAUUAUAAAUAAAAACAAGCACAGCGUCGGGA